AUGGAAUUACCCUGUGCUCUAUAUGGUCUUGGUUUCAAAGGGAGUCCAUAUACAUGGUGGAAUGGGAGGUCAGAUGAUGCUUGCAUUUUUAAGAGGAUAGAUAGGUACUUGGCUAAUCAACAAUUCCAGAACUUAUUUCCUUCUUUAGAGGUUGAGCAUCUUAUUAAAUAUGGCUCAGACCAUGCCCCUCUCCUAUUGUCAUGUAAUGUGAAUGUUGUUCAAGUGAAGAAACCAUUCAAGUAUCUUAACUUUUGGACAAAAUAUGAGAUAUUUUUGGAUGUGGUGAAGGAGAAUUGGAAGACUAACACUAUGGGAAGCCCUUUCAUUAUCUUUCAACACAAGCUAAAGAAUAUGAUAAAGCACUGGUUGUUUGGAGUAAAGUUAGCUUUGGAGAUAUUUUCAAGAAAGAGGAAGAGAUUGCAGGUGUCAAGAAUUUUAGAUAACAAUGGGAUAUGGCUUGAAGAUAAGGAUGAUAUGGCACAGGAGGCAAUGGAGUUCUUCAAGGCUAAAUUCACUGAAGAUAAGGCAGAACCUACCUUAGAGGAGGUGAUGAAGGUAGUCUUUGGGUUGAAAGGUGAGAGUGCAAGUGGGCCAGAUGGUUUCACUGGCCAGUUCUAUCAUGUGUGCUGGGAAGUAAUAGGGGAGGAUGCGUGUAACAACUUAUUUUGUGGUGCUGAAUUGCCUAAGCGGGGAUGGUGGUACCUUGUUCGUGGACAAAGAAUUGGGGGACUUAGCAUUUUUCUCUUGGCUUUCGUGGUCAACACGUUGCGUUCACAAAAGUUUUGGACCUGUGGCCUUCGCGUUCGCGUGGGCAGGGUUCCUGGUCUUGGGCAUGCUUUGCCUUCGCGAUUGCGAGGCUUCUUGCGCGAUCACGAAGAAUGA